UUGAUUCAGUCGGUCUAUUCGCACCACUGGUUCGCACGAACUGACAGGAAGUCAACAGAAGGGUAUUUUCAAAUGAUCGUGUGAAAAAUGCUGCUGAAAAAGGAGAUUUUACCUUUGUAAUGUAAAUGGGCUUCAAAAGUAGCCUGCUAGAUAACAACUAAAUUUAAAAAAAUAUCGACAAAAACCGAGAAAGACCAAACACGAUGGAAAAUUGAGCCGUCUGUCCGGUUCGGAAUAUAUAUUUGCAUAGGCUACAGUAAGUUAACUAUCAUCAGUGGCCGAAAUGGAGCUAUUUCAAGCCAAAGAUCAUUAUAUCCUCCAGAGCGGAGAGAAAGCGCUGUGGUGUAGCCGAAAUGAUGGGACAAUGGAAUUCAGACCCGCUACAGAUCUCCUGUUGGCAUGGAACCCAGUGUGCCUAGGGCUGGUGGAGGGAGUAAUUGGGAAGAUACAGCUUCAUGCCGAUCUCCCUCUGGGCCUGAUAAUGAUCCGACAGAAAGCCCUGGUGGGCAAACUGCCCGGUGACCACAGCGUGUACAAGAUAACCAAGAUCACAGUCAUCCCGCUGUCAGAGGACGAGCCCCAGGACCUGGAGCUGGAGCUAUGUAAGAAGCACCACUUCGGUAUCAACAAACCGGAGAAGAUCUCACAGUCCCCCGAUGAGUCCAAGUUCCUGCUCAAAACUUUCAGUCAGAUCAAGUCAAACGUCGCCGUGCCCAUCAAGAAAAAGGUAAAGGAGAACAAGGAGAAGGAACGGCUUGAGAAGCGGUUGCUCGACGAGCUGUUGAAGAUAUUCAUGGACUCUGAUUCGUUCUACUACAGUGUGACCUAUGACCUGACUAAUACUGUCCAGAGACAGGGAGACGCACAGAACACCAGCCUGCCUCUCUGGCAACGGGUUGAUGACCGGUUUUUCUGGAACAAGUACAUGAUACAGGACCUCAUUAACCUGCAGGUCCCGGAGGUGGACUUCUGGGUGAUUCCGGUCAUCCAGGGCUUCGUGCAGAUCGAGGAGCUGGUGGUGAACUACAACGAGGGCUCGGACGAGGAGAAGAGCAGCCCCGAGACGCCGCUGCAGGAGCUCACCUGCGUGGACGACAUCCACCCGCGCUUCACCGUGGCCCUCAUCUCCCGCCGGAGCCGGCACCGCGCAGGGAUGCGGUACAAGCGCAGGGGCGUGGACCAGGACGGCCGCGUGGCCAACUUCGUGGAGACGGAGCAGCAGAUCCACGUGCACAGCCACACGCUGUCCUUCGUCCAGACCCGCGGCUCGGUCCCCGUCUUCUGGAGCCAGGCCGGCUACCGCUACAACCCCCGCCCGCGGCUGGAGAAGGGGGAGAAGGAGACUGCUACUUACUUUGCCGCGCACUUUGAAGAACAGUUAAAGAUUUACAAGAAGCAGGUUAUCAUUAACCUGAUAGAUCAAACUGGGAGAGAAAAGAUUAUCGGAGAUGCGUUUCUCAAACAAGUGCUGCUUUACAACAAUCCUAACCUCACCUAUGUGACCUUCGACUUCCAUGAGCACUGUAGAGGCAUGAAGUUUGAGAAUGUGCAAACCCUGACGGACGCCAUCUGCGACAUCAUCACAGACAUGCGAUGGUGCUGGGUAGACCAGGCAGGAGUUAUCUGCAGGCAGGAAGGCAUUUUCCGGGUGAACUGCAUGGACUGCCUGGACAGGACCAAUGUGGUCCAGGCGGCCAUCGCCCGGACUGUGAUGGAGCAGCAGCUGAAGAAGUUGGGCGUGAUGCCGCCAGAACAGCCCCUCCCCCUGCGCUGCUACAGGAUAUAUCAGGUCAUGUGGGCCAACAACGGAGACACCAUCAGCCGACAGUACGCUGGCACUGCUGCUCUGAAGGGAGACUUCACCAGAACAGGAGAGAGGAAACUGGCUGGGGUGAUGAAGGAUGGCGUGAACUCCGCCAACCGUUACUAUCUCAACCGCUUCCGGGAUGCGUACAGGCAAGCCGUCAUAGAUCUAAUGAUGGGCCUCCCUGUGACGGAGGACCUGUACUCCAUCUUCAGCAAGGAGAAGGAGCAGGAGGAGAAGGAGAAAGAGCAGGAGGAGAAGGAGCAGGCUGGGCAGCGGGCUCAGCAGGAGCAGGUCAGCCUCCUGCUGCAGACCUACAUGCAGAUGCUGCUCCCGGAGGAGGAGAAGUUCCACGGGGGAUGGGCCCUUAUCGACUGCGACCCCAGCCUUAUUGAUGCUACGCACAAGGAUGUGGACGUGCUGCUCCUGCUGUCUAACAGUGCGUACUACGUGGCCUACUACGAUGACGAAGCCGAUAAGGUCAGCCAGUAUCAGCGGAUUGGACUCGAGGACUUGGAAAAGAUUGAAAUAGGACCUGAACCCACCCUGUUUGGGAAGCCCAAAUUCUGCUGCAUGCGUGUGCACCACAAGAAGGAGGAGAUGAGCGGGUAUUUCCACACCCUGAGGGCAGUCACACGGCACCCAGAGGAUGAUGGGAAAGAUACUUUGCAGUGUAUUGCUGAGAUUCUUCGGAUUUCUAAGCAAGCCUUGGGCCUCGAGCUGGUGGUGACCGAGAAGAAACUAGAGAGGAAACACAGUAGGCCUCACGACGACAUCAUGGGCAUACGAGAAAAAAACCAGGACCAGGUCCUUGGCAGCACCGGCCUGGCUCAAGGCAAAAACUUCCUGAUGAACAAGUUUUCGUCCCUGAACCAGAAGGUGAAGCAGACCAAAUCGAACGUCAACAUCGGCAACUUCAAACCCCUGGGGAAGCUGGGGAACAUCUCCAAGACGGACGUGACGGUCAACUUCCUCAAGCCGAACAUGAAGGUGGCCCUGUGGAAGUCCGACAGCAGCCUGGAGACGCUGGAGAACAACCCCGGCGGCGGGGCGCACAAGGGCCACUCGGACGCGUCGGACCUGGAGAUCUCCUCCGACUCCGACUCCUGCCACUCCGACGACCGGCCCCACUCCGCGUCCCUGGAGAACGUGGACUACGUGCUGCCCAGCUGCGGCAUCGUGGCGUCGGCCCCCCGCCUGGGCGCCCGCUCCCAGUCCAUCGGCGGCGUGGAGAUCGUCGUGCCCUCCGUCAUCCGCAUCACCAACUGCGAGGGCAAGACGGAGGGGCGGGAUGAGGCGGAGGAGGAGGAGGAGGAGGGGCGGAACAGAGGUCCAAAGGGGCAUGGUGACGCAUCAAAGGGGCAGGGUGAAGUGCCGAAGGGGCAGAACAAAGCACCAGAUGGGCGGGGCAAAGCACCAGAUGGGCGGGGCAAAUCACCAGAUGGGCGGGGCAAAGCACCAGAGGAGCGGGGCAAAGCACCAGAUGGGCGGGGCAAAUCACCAGAUGGGCGGGGCAAAUCACCAGAGGGGCAGGGCAAAGCACCAGAGGGGCGGGACAAAGGACCAAAGGGGCAGGGUGAAGCACCAGAGGGGCGGGACAAAGGGUCAAAGGGGCAGGCCGCUGAAGCCGCGGUGGAGGAGGACGCGAAGCUGAGCUUCGGGACCCCCAUCGACGCCUACUGCCUCCAGUUCGCCCAGGACGCAAAGAGCAAGUGCGCGGCGGCCCCGGAGGCCCCGGCCCCCGCCGCCCCCCCUCAGCAGGACGCUCGCGCGCCGGGCAGCGCAGUGGCGCCCGCCAGCGCGGAAAGCCAGCCGCCACUGCCGCCACCGGGGGAGCAGCAGCUCCCGAGGCCCGCCCAGCUGGACGUGAGCGCGGACCUGCUGAGCGUCCAGCCGCCGGGCUCCGCCUCCUCGCAGAGGAGCCUGGGCGCCCCCCCGGAGGGCAGCGCCGAGCCCUCCCCGGCCGACGGCAGCCGCACCGUCUCGCCGUUCGCCAAGAUCCGGAGCUCCAUGGUGCAGGUGGCCAGCCUGACGCAGGCCGGGCUCAGCCAGGGCAUCAGCUUCGCCGUGGCCAAGGUCCAGAAGAGCCCGGAGCCGGAGGCCGUCAACGAGACCCAGCAGAACCAGCUGAAAGCCAUGUUCACCCAGUGCCAGACCAGGAUCAUUCAGAUAUAGCGCCCUCCUGAGGCGCCUCGCUGUCGUUGGCGUACCUGAAGAAAAUGAGCUUGCACACACGACCCGUCGUUGCCGAUCCAAGUAAACCUGGGAAGUUCUGUGCUGACCCAUGUUUUUUUGGGGCGGCGUUUUCUCCAGUCGACCCAGUUAGGAGUGGCUGUAUUCAGUGUCCCGAUGGUCUUUUCACUGAAAUAUUUCAUCCAUGUUGCAUGUCCAGCUCUUGUUAGACUAAGGUAGACGAAAGCAGGCCGAGUUUUACAGAGUGUCAGAAAGACGACUUAAAAUUAGCCUGUGAUAGUGGCACUGUCUGAAUCUAAACCGUUUCAAAAUGGCCGAGAUGGCAGAUCCAGUUGACUGGUUCAAUUUCCUUACUGAAAAUAAAUUUUAAAUAAUUUUAUAUGUCCAUCUGUGUAAUUUAACAAAAUGGUGUAAAUUAAACACUAAAACUGUCAUGAACGGGUAACUCCAAGUGAAAUCAAAUGUAGCUUUUAAUUUUAAAUUAAAUUAAUGGAAAUAUUUCCCCUUGGAACAAUUGUUAGUUGGAGUGCUAAUGUAUAUAUAUAUAUAUUUUAGUCACAAGGCUGCCAUAGCUAGUGUGACUUUGCACCAAACGUAAAACAUAACAGAAUGUAAUGCAAUCUGGAGUUUGGAGAUGUGGACGGGGAUCGGAGCGGAUGUGUAGGCUAUAACUCCAGUGCCAAAAUCAUCUAGUCUGGUGAAAUGAAAAGUUUAUUUUCCCGUCAUAAGCAUAAUUGUGCACUGCAAGGGAAAUCAUGUGUGAUCUCGGUUAGAGUGUGUUUCCUGCGGAGUUGAGUGUUUCCUGUACGGAAGAGUGUGUUUCCCGUAGGGGAAAAGUGCGCUUCCUGUGGGGGAAAAGUGCGCUUCCUGUGGGGGCAAAAGUGUUUCCUGUAUGGAAUCGGAGUGUGCGUUUCCUGCUGUGUACAGUGCAUUUCUUCUGGGGAAGAGUGUAUUUCCUGCGGUGUGGAAUGUUUCCUGUAUGGAAGUGUGUUUCCUGCUGAGUAGAAUUGAAGCGUGUUUCCUGUAGGCUAUAGUGUGUUUCCUGUAGGGUAUAUUGUGUUUCCUGUAGGGUAUAGUGCAUUUCCUGUAGGGUAUAUUGUGUUUCCUGUAGGGUAUAGUGAGUUUCCUGUAGGGUUUAGUGAGUUUCCUGUAGGGUAUAGUGUGUUUCCUCUUGGGUGUGGAAGCAUGUGUUUUGGUUACUGAACCUCUGUAAACACAGGAUUGCCUCGGUGGGAUAUCCAGGACUGUUCUUUAUUUACUUCAUAAGCAUAAGCUGAGUAACAAGACACCAUAAAAAUGUCCAAAGUGAGUUCCGAAUUGGUGAGUCUCCAACAGGGUUGGAGAAGAAUUUCAUUUAAGUUGGGCAAUUAAUUUCGGAAUUUUUAAUCGAAUCCGGAAUCAUCACAGGACAUCGUGGCCAUUUCUCAAUUUAUGAAUUGAAUUUAAUUUCAGUUACUGAACUCAGCCCCAGGCUCUCCUCUCCAGUCUCUCAGGCUUCCAGUCUUGGUCGCUGUGUAAUGCGCGAGCAGAAGUGAUUGUUUCAGCACUCCAAGGUAAGUUUACACAAGCAGCGCAACGGAAACUGAACUAAUGACCGUGUUGUAAAUUAUAUGUAAAAUAUGUAUAAAGUUGGAAUUGUUCUACAUUUCAUUGUUCUAUAAAGAUAGCGUGUUGGACUUUUGCAAUGAUUAAUAAUCCUUGCAAGUUUUUUUUUUUUUUUUUUUUCUUUCUCGUGAGGUACUGGUAGAUCAGCUCCUGUAACUGUGCACCUCCGAGAACUCUGUCUCCUGAAAGGGUCACAUGAGUCCAAAGGGACUAAUUUAUUUCGGAACGACCAAACUGACAUGGCACUAUAUGAAUGCAUUUCCGUGCAAUUAGAAGAUGGCUUUCAAGCUCAUUUUCCUGUCAUUGAAACAAGUUGAGCUUUAGAUUGAAUUCUGAAGAAUGUUUUAGGUCUGUUUAGCUGAAAUUUUAACUGGAUCUUAAUGUUACGUGUAUCGUACGUUUGAUUAACAAUAGGAAAUAGGCCAUGGGUAACAGAACUGGCUUAGAGAACUAGAGAACUUGUAUUAUACUGUAAUCGUACUCUGAAAUGCAACUGUAAGCCUCAUUAGAUUAUUAUUUUAUGAUACCGAAUAUAUUCAAUUCUUAACGUGUGAUUCAUUACGUAUGUCAUCCGUUUGAUGGGAAAAUACUCCUUUUUUGUGUACUGGUACCAUAUCAACUGACAUUCUUUUAUAAGCUUCACAGAGUUUACAGAGCUAUUACAGGUGAGGUAUGGAUGUAGUCGUCUUGCACAAACCUGCAAAGAGGUGUUACUGUUUUAGCAGCCCUGUAGCUAUUUUCGCACUCAAAUUGAGGCGCUAACUGCCAGUAGCUGGCAGGACACGGUUGUAGCAGGCUAAUAAUAUCAGAUGCUAACCGCUGUUGAGGUCAGGCUUGCAAUAGGAAGUGUUUUAGCUGUGGGAUUCUGCACUGUAUCUGUCUGCUACUGUUAUCUGUUCCAAAACAAAGAGUUCUCAGCCAUUCUCAGUAAAAACAAAGGGUACAUAAUAAUGGUGGAUUAUUUACAACAACAAAAAAAACAAACAAAUGUGGAAUUUUUUGGUUUUUGAAAUGUUUGGUUUUUGCAUUUUUGUUUUCUUUUUUUUUUUUGCUGUGAAACUAUUUCCUGGCUGGCGGAUGGAGGUGAGUGUUAAGAUACAACUAUUAGAAGAACUUUGAGCAGGCGUUUCCACCGAAGAACAGCUGUUAUGAUCAUGUUUGCCUUUUCCCCCCUUUGAUAAAGUGCUCUGAAUUAAGAUCAAUUAUGUUAGAGAGUGACAGUCUUAUCAUCAACAUUGUUGUCAGAGGUCAUGAGCAUAUUCUUCUGUCGGUCAUAUUUGUGUGGUUGUUGGUCAUUACUUUCAUGGCAAAACUUGAAAAAUAUUUUUGCCCCUUGUAUUCUAAACUGUUGCAUAUUAAAAUAUUUAUUCUCAUCGCUGUAUUGCAUUCUGUUGGAUUGUCCUAUCAUUGUGGCAAUAAACAUAUACUGAUGAUAACAGUCAAGUACUGCUCUUG